ACACUAUAUUUAUCCACAAUUUCUGAUUAUCUUAGAGAUAUUUAUGGGAUUUAAGAAACCAUUUGACCGGUCUUUUUAGUUCUUCCUUUGACUGGAAAACAAAGAAUUUUCAUUGAUAAAAAAUUGUUCCAGAUGGAUGCACAAGAGGAGACUUGGCAUAAAGGGAUGUUGGAGGCCCAUAUGAAAAGAGAAGAAAUGGGGAAAAAUAUGAUUUGUGAUGUAAGUCCACAUAUAAUGUUGAACUCACGCGGUGCCUGGGAGAAACUGGCUUCUGGAUCUGAAGGAUUACCAUUCUGGGAGUACCCUCUUCCUAAACUAGAGAUCAUAAUUCUCUCCACGUUCAUAUCCUGGCGUUUCUUUGAUAUCUUGUUCAAGAAGUUAGGUGUUCCUAUUCCAAGGUUCACCUCCAUGAUGCUUGUUGGGGCAGUCUUAAGUGAGUCGUUUCAGCCGAUGCAGAUGUCAUGGUUUCGACACAUUUUUAUCCCUGACGAUUAUAUGCCAAAUGUUGCUGAGACCAUUGGUACAUUUGCUUUUACUCUAAAUUGGUUCCUAAGAGGUGUGACUACAAAUGUUAGCAUGCUAAAAAAGUCCAAAACCAAGAGUACUGCAAUUGGAGUCACCUCAAUGAUAAUCCCAUGGUAUAUUGGAAAAAUCGUUUAUUCAUCUAGAGAGAAAUCAAGUAUCCUAACCAUGACCCGUAUGGAGUAUUCUAUAAGUAUAUUCACCAUGAGCAUGGCGCCAUUCACUUGCAUCAACAUGCUCCUUACCGACCUCAAAGUAGUUCACACUGAGUUCGGCCAAAUCGCUCAGUCUUCAGCAAUGGUAAUCGAUGUACUCGCUUUUGCCAUGAGCGUAUGGGCUAACGUUAGCUACAGUUAUAGAAUUGGUAUGCGGAUGGGAGUUGCUUUAAUGAUCUUCUUUGUUUUCUUGUACCUUGUGCGACAAGCAAUGCUUUGGGUGGUCAGGCAUACACCAGAGGGAACACCUGUGAAAAGCAUUUAUCUCUACAUUGGUCUCUUGCUAGCUUACUUGUCUCACAUUUACUGGACUCGCUUCUUGUUCUUCGGACCGUUGGGUGCGUUUGUUCUUGGUUUGGCUAUCCCAGACGGACCACCAUUAGGAUCAGUAUUUAUAAAAAAAUUCGACAGUUUCAAUGAGGGCAUAUUCUUACCACUCUUUGGAUCAUUUACCAUGAUGAAAUUAGAUUGGUCGUUUCUAAUAAAGGAGAUUGGAAGUGGAAAGUUUCUCCAUGGACAUACCUAUGAGUGUUUUUCAUUCCUUCUCGUCUUAUACGUAGCGAAGUUCGUGACUUCUUUCCUCUCAGCCAUAGCUGCAAGGAUGCCACUGAGAGACUCAGUUAUUCUAAGUAUCAUUAUGGGCACCAAGAGUAGUUUCGAGCUGGCCUACGUGCUCCAAGCCUUCGAAAAAGAGAUAAUUAGUUUGGAGAUUUUCUCGCUCAUGGGCAUAUACAUUCUCGCAAACUCUUUGUUAACACCGAUGGCUAUACAUUUCUUGUACGACCGGGCCAAGAGAUUUGCAUGUUAUGGGAGAAGAAGCUUGAAACAUAAGUCGGAACUACAAUUGUUGGUGUGCAUCAACAAGCCUGACAACAUAACAUCCAUGAUCAACCUUCUAAGAGCUACUGCACCAUCUAAAGACUCUCCAGUGUCGUGUUGUGUUCUUCACUUACUUGAGCUUGUGGGUAAAGCUACUCCCACGUUUAUCUCUCACCAGCUUCAGAAACCAAAGCCUGGAAGCAGAUCUUACUCGGAAAAUGUCAUAAGCUCCUUCCAACUGUUUCAAGAGAUUAAUCAGGACUACACAUCUAUACACAUCUUCACCUCUUUAACUUCAGCUAAAGAGAUGCAUGAACACAUUUGUUGGUUUGCUCUUGAUAAAAUUUCAUAUCUUAUUCUCCUCUCUUUUCACCGCACUUGGGGUGCUAAUGGUUAUGGCGUUACCUCGGACGAUCAAACACUGAGACAUCUUAAUCGUAACGUACUGAAACGAGCACCUUGCUCGGUCGGAAUCCUUGUUUAUCGUAAACCAUUAUGGCAACCCAAAUCCAUAGAAUCUCCAUGCAGGGUGUGCUUGGUUUACGUGGGAGGGAACGAUGACAAAGAGGCGUUAGCAUUAGCAGACCACAUGAGAGGCAACCAGAACGUGAGUAUAACGGUGCUGACUCUGAUCCCUAUCUCUAAAACCGAGGAGGGCAGCGAGUCGAGCCAGAGUCAAAUGGUAGACACUUGCCAGGUUGAAGAGAAGCCUGGAGAUAGCUCCAUCACGUACAUUGUUAGAAUGGUGGAGGAUGGGAAUAAGACUUCCGAGAUUCUGCACUCAGUGGCUUAUGACUAUGAUAUGUUUUUGGUCGGAAGAAGUAGCGGGAUGGGUACUGCGGUCACCAAAGGACUAGGGGACUGGAUGGAGUUCGAUGAACUUGGAGUCAUAGGUGAUUUGAUAGCAUCUGAAGAUUUUCCUUCUAGGGCAUCUGUCUUGGUCAUCCAACAACAAGAGUGAGCUAUAGAGUAGUGCCUUUUUCCUAAAGCUAAAUUAAUUAGCUUCAACCUUUGUUGAGAUUGAGAUUAUUUACGACCAAGAAACGUAAAUUGGAUCUUGUAAUUUAUAUCCAUAGGACUCUCAAACGUAGAUUGCUCCUUCUUGUGUUGUAAUGAUUAUAUAGAACACAUGUAUAGUGGGCAAGAGGUGUCCUUGGAACAGUUAUAUGAAAUGAAACAAGAUAUGCAUUAAUUUUAUCAAAAAUCCCUCAAUUUUAAAAUAAUAAUCAAAAUUUUAUAAACUAUUUAUUUUAAAACUAUUUUAUUAUUUAUAAUACUAUGAUACAUACUACAUGAACGAUUAUAUACAACUAAAAUUUUUAGUUAUCAUAAAAUAAAAUUUAUUUUUGACAGUUUUGUUUACACUAUCAAUUCGCGUUUUAAAAAUCCACGUUUUACCGUUGUAUUUGUAUCAUGUUAAAAGAAAAUUAUGUAGAUUUUUUUUUCAUUUAAUAUAUAGAAUCCCACUAUAUAAAAGAAGCUAAAUUUGAGCUUCCUAAGGUUAUCCACAUGGUCAAAAUAAUCAUGACCAAUCAAAGUGCCAGGUCAUUUUGGACUGGGCUUGAAAUUAAAAAAAAUUAGUGACCUUCAGAGCCCAUUUGACCCAUCUUGCAGCCCAAUCCCGAGUUUCUCUUGACAGUGAUGUCGCACAAUCCCGUGUUCUAAACAUAUGGCUCCUUCUCCACCUAACCCUAAUCGCCGUCUCAUCCCUUCAUUGAUUCUCUUCCUCUCCCCCAGCUCCUCCCGCAUAACGCCUCGGAUGUGAGUGCUGGUACUUCAAUGUGCUCCCAUAAAUCCUCCAUUCAAGAUCCCUACAGACCCUCCACAUCAUAAUCGUUAGAAGAUGGAGAAAAAAGCAAUGGCACAUAGACGUAUGGAAACGUAGACACAAAGCGACGCCGCGAAGCUGCUAGGGUUUUUUCUUUUCUUCUGAUCGUCAUUGUUUCAGAUGACAGGGGAUGUUGUAACGAUCUGUUGAGCUGUUUAGGAUAGUGUGAAACAAAAAAAAUGGAUGAUGAUAAUGGGCUUGAGCUCAGCUUGGGUCUCUCAUGUGGUGGAGGGAAAGGUAAAGGUAACAAUGCUGGAACCUCCUCUGAGAAUCACAAUCUAGAAGGAGGAGGUGAUAGAAGCGCUAAAGUGAUUGAUGACUUUAAGAACUUUCUUCAUCCAACAACUUCUCAGAGACCAGCAGCAGAGCAGAGUUCUGAACCUCCUCCACAGAAUUUCUUCAAUGACCUCUCCAAAGCACCAACCGCUGAUGCUGAAGCUUCCACGAAGCCUAUGUGGGUGGAAGACAAGGCGAUGAAAGAAGCAGGAAGCAGCAAAAUAAAGGAGGAGGCACGUGUUGAUAUGCACUAGAUGAAGAAGAAGACAAAGGCAUCCUAUGUUUCGAACGCGACUGAUGAAGGAUCAAAAGCUGAUAACGAAGAUGUAGCGGAGUGUGAAGCAGGUGGUGGUGAUGGUGGUGGCUCUUCUUCCAAAAAAAAAAUAAACGUACGAAAACAUAGACUCAACUGUUCUACUUUUGGUUGCUUAACGCCUCCAAAGAUGAUUGAUAGCUUCAAUAAAAUAAAGACGUUUGAUCUUAGAUCAGUUGGAGGAGCUCAAAGCAGCAACGCUCCCAAGUGAAGACAUCCAAAUCAGCGAUGGAGAUCAAGACAAAAUUUUCAGUUGCAGCGGUAAUUCUUAAUUAAUCCAAUAAAGUUUAUCCAUUUGCAGAAAUGGAUCAUAACAAAACAGUCGGAAACAAGGUGGUGCGAAAAUAGUAGCAUUUUUAAAUCGUAGUUAGAAUUUAUGUUGUGUGAAUGAAAUUGAGUGUGUUGCAGUAAAUUAGCAUGUACUUUCACAUCAUCCCAUACAAUGCAUUUCUUCAGCCCAUCCAGGUGACUCAGGGGCUGAUAUGUCGUGUUCACACGUAAAGCUAGAAGAAAAAAACUAUCGAGGCCUGACUUAUGGCAAUAUGUCUUGGAAUAUUAUGAUACUGCAUGCACAUAAGUGUACAUAAAUAUGUCUUGGACUCAUUUAUAACGUGCAAAUGAACCAUGUUAAGCUUCUAUAUAAAAAUCUCUAUUUGUUUUACUAAUUCAAGUCAAUACUAUCAAGUUAGGAACAUGUCCAACAUAAAGAAAUCUAAUUACAUUUAGAAACUACAUUUAUAUUCUAUAUAUUUUGUAACCCCUGCAAAUAUAUAUUUUUAAAUUAGUCUAACAUAUGCCAACAAAUUUAACUUUUAUAUAAUGCAUAAAAAUAUAAAGAUGAUGUUGUGAGAUAAGAAUGUACACACAAAAUUUAAAAUAAAAGAAUUGACAAAUUAUAUAUAUUAUUUUAAAAAAAAAUUUAUAUAAUAACUUAAUAAUAUAAAUCAUAAUCAAAAAUACUAUUCGUAUCACAUUUGUAU